AGCUGCAGCACUACUAGUGAGGUGCGCAUCACUAUCAGUCAGACGAAACAUUGGACUCGUACAACUCGUGUCUUUCUGGCUCGCAGUGCUUCAGUAUAGAAUUCUGCGUCUGUCUGUGAAUAAUGACAACUUUUGACUUCUCCGACGUGGAGGCGUUUCUGGACCGCCACCCGGAACUCUUCGAGGACUACGUGAUCCGUAAGGGCGAGCGCGCAUCCCUGACGGAGACACUGCCGUUCGACAGCUCCGCUCCGGAGGAGGAGCGCGAGGACGCCGACAGCGGGAAACGGCGCUCGUCGCACGCGGAGAUGCGGCGUACCUUUGCGCGCUCCAAGGCGAGCGCCACGCACCACACCUACGACGAGCGCGCGAGCGUGGCGGCGCGGGAGUCACAGGCAAGCGUGAGGCGGCGCGCGCUCCUGCGCAAGGCAAGUUCACUGCCGCCAACCACGGCGCACAUCCUGAGCGCGCUGCUGGAGUCGCGCGUCAACGUGCCGCGCUACGCCUCCAGCGCGCUCGACUACAAGUACACGCUCAAGGAGUCGGACGAGCGCGAGUUCUUCCUCGAGCUCGUCAAGGACAUCUCCGGCGAGCUCGACAUGACCAACCUGGGCUACAAGAUCCUAGUUAACGUGUGCGUCAUGGUGAACGCAGACCGCUGCUCGCUGUUCCUGGUAGAAGGUCCGGCGCACGAGAGGACAUUAGUGUCCAAGUUUCUCGACGUGCACUCGGGGACAGUGGGGAGACCCUGCUCCAGCGCAGUUCCCGUCGCCGAGGUGCAAGUGCCGUGGGGCAAGGGUAUCAUCGGCUAUGUGGCCGAGCACGGCGAGACGGUCAACGUCUCAAACGCGUAUGAGGACCAUCGGUUUAGUGAUGAGAUUGACAAGCUGACAGGUUAUAAGACUCAGUCAAUCCUGUGCAUGGCCAUCUGUAACAGUGAUGGAGAGGUGAUUGGAGUGGUGCAGGCCAUCAACAAGAAACCCAGUGGAACUCCCUUCGCUGAGGAUGAUGAAAAGGUGCUACAGAUGUACCUACCCUUCUGUGGUAUAUCGAUCUCCAAUGCCAAGCUCUUCUCUGAGUCCCGCAAAGAAUACGAUAGGAGCCGUGCCCUUCUGGAGGUGGUGAACGAUUUGUUUGAGGAGCAGACAGACCUGGAGAAGAUUGUGAGAAAGAUCAUGCAGCGAGCACUCACCUUGCUGCAGUGUGAGCGCUGCACUGUGCUGCUCCUAGAGGACAUCCACUCACCUGUGGUAAAGUUCUCAAAGACAUUUGAGCUCAUGUCUCCAUUUUGCAAUGUGGACCAUGACAUAAGUGUGUCUUUAUUUGAUGUCAGCAGGGAGAAGGUGUCCUGUUCUGACUGGCUGAUCAAUAACAGCAUCGCUGAGUUGGUGGCAUCUACAGGCCUGCCUGUUAACAUAAGCGAUGUGUGUCAGGAUCCCCGGUUUGAUUCUGAGGCUGACCAGGCCUCAGGCUUUCACAUCAGGUCAGUGCUGUGUGUCCCCAUUUGGAACAGAACCCAUCAAAUAAUUGGUGUUGCCCAGAUUCUUAAUCGCUUGGACAGGAAGACGUUUAAUGAUGCGGAUCAAAGAUUAUUUGAGGCCUUUGUUAUUUUCUGUGGUCUUGGCAUCAACAAUACAAUGAUGUACAACCAAGUGAAGAAAGCUUGGGCCAAACAGUCUGUAGCUCUGGAUAUGCUGUCUUAUCAUGCUACAUGCUCAAAAGCUGAAGUGGAUCGACUCAAGGCUGCUAAGAUCCCCCUGAGCAGUGAGCUGGGAAUCGAUGAGUUCCACUUCAAUGACUUUUCUCUGGACAAUGACGCCAUGAUUACUGCCUCCCUGCGCAUGUUUCUGGAGCUUAGUGUUGUGCAAAAAUUUAAGAUUGAUUAUGAGGUGUUGUGCCGCUGGCUGCUCACUGUAAGGAAGAACUACCGCACAGUGGCCUACCACAACUGGAGACAUGCUUUCAAUGUCUCCCAGUGUAUGUUUGUCAUGAUAACUACUGCAGGAUUCCAGGAUGUUCUAACAGACGCAGAGAUUCUAGCACUGAUGGUUGGAUGUCUGUGCCAUGACCUGGAUCAUCGUGGCACCAACAAUGCAUUUCAAGCCAAGUCAGGAUCUGCACUGGCAUUGCUGUAUGGAACAUCAGCUACUCUUGAACAUCACCAUUUCAACCAUGCUGUUAUGAUCCUGCAGAGUGAGGGGCACAACAUUUUUGCCAAUCUCAGCUCUAAAGAGUACAGCAACAUGAUGCAGCUUUUAAAGCAGGCCAUCCUGUCUACAGAUCUCAACUUGUAUUUCCAAAAAAGAACUAAGUUCUUUGAGUAUGUUCUGGCUGGAGACUUUUGCUGGUCAAUGCAGGAGCACAGAGACAUUUUCAGGUCCAUGCUUAUGACUGCGUGUGAUGUGGGUGCUGUGACGCGACCAUGGGAGAUCUCUAAACAGGUGGCAGAGUUGGUGACUAGUGAGUUUUUUGAGCAGGGUGACAGGGAACGAUUUGAGCUGAAGCUCACGCCAUCUGCCAUUUUUGAUCGCAAUCGUAAAGAUGAACUUCCGGCACUUCAACUCGAAUGGAUUGAUGGGAUUUGUAAGCCACUAUAUGAGGCUUUGGUGAAACUGAAUAGGAAACUCCAGCCAAUGGUGGAUGGGAUACAUGCCAAUCGAAAAAAAUGGAUGGAACUCUGUUUGUCCUAUAAGCAAGCACGCCAAUUCUCAGAGUCGUCCAAUUGGUGUCCAGAAGUGGAAGAAGAACAAUCCAGUCAAUGCACAGACUCCACCCUUACACAGUCAUAUGAACCUGCAGCAGCCAAUCAGAGCACAGAGUCCACCCAUAGGGUGGAGUCAAAUUAGAACACAGGAUCCAAUCAGAAGUCAGCAUUGAUGGCAAAUCAGGGUGAAUAGGGGAGGGACACUACUUUUAGAGUAAAAAUAAAAACGUUGCAAUGCAAAGGCAAUUUCAGUGGCUUUAAGAUUUCAAUAGCACAAUAAUUCUUGGCUUAUAAGUAAUAACACAUUAAUAACCUUGCUUAUAGUCUAUAAAAAUCUAACGCUGAUCAAUCUGACCUGCUUCAGAAAAAACAGUACACUAACGUACUGCAUAUUAUACUGUGCUGAGCUUUGGGGACUGGAUUGGUUACUAAUGCAAUGAAUUGAAAGGAGAAAAUGAGCUACUUCUUAAGGUUUAUACUGUGAUGGCAUGGUUAUAUCAUGAAAAAAGGUCAUAAGAUCAUAUGAUAUUACUGCAGAUUUAAUUCACUGUGAAUUGAUAUAACUGUGAUAUUUAGCACACAAUGACAUUUUUUUCAUGACAACAAAUAAAGACUAUUCUACUUAAGGGUUCAUGGUUUAUUCAGACUAGUGCAUUUUAGCCUGUGACUCUAAACAUGGACUUUAGUGAAAUUCAUUAAUGACACCUUUUUUGUUGUUGAUUUUUUAGGUUCAUUAUUCACUUUCCACUAGUCCCGUAGUAGACACAUUGGUAUGAAAGUAAAAAAAAAUUACUACAUCCAACAUUAAUGAAUGUAUAUUUAAACAUUGUGUUUGUUUUUAGUGCCAAGUUUUAUUAUUAAGUUAUUUAUGGAUUUCUGAUGGUAAUAUAAAGACUCAAGAACCAGACUGUGGUUCUCAUUCAGUGGUUGUUUGGCUUUGCUGUAUAUAAUAGGACAAAUACCUUAUAUGAAGAUUUGCU